CUAUACCAGGCAUCUGCUUCAUCUCGUAGUGUACCUGGUGGUGUAAGGGAAACAAGACGUUCAAUUAGUGAUAGUCGAUCAGGAACACGCAAAAUGGCAAUUGGUCAUCAUAUUGGUGAGCGUUCCCAUAUUAUAGAACGUGAGCAGUCAAGAGAAGGAAGCCUUGAAGAAAAGCAAGAGUUUAUAAACCUUGAUGAAGAUGAGGCACAACAAUUUGAUCAGGAAUUUCGUCAUCGAACUCAGCACAUGCAUAGUGGAACCUCUCUGGAUUACAGACCCAGAAAUAGAAGUUCAAACACCUCAUACAAUCGAGUCAGCAGUGUCCCUGCAAUUACUUCUUCUCA